AUGAAAGUAUUGAAUUAUAUUAGUAUUUGUAAGAAUGACAUUUUUGUACAAUGUAAACAGUUGUUAAAAUCUGUGCCGAUACAUCAGCAGACUCUGAGAUAUUUACUUUCGACGAAGAGAGAAUUCGGUGAAAGAAGCCACAGCAAGAUGGUAUCCACAGAUGGUAUGGUCGUUAUUCCUGAAAAAGACAUGGAAAGUCUGCUUCCAUGGAAUGAUGUUAUAUGCGCUGUUGAGCAAGCCAUGAUUGCAACUUCUAAUAAAGAAGAUGAAUCCAAACCAAUGACCCAUCAGCCUCCGAGAGCAAUCGCCCAAAAAGCUCCACAAUUCGGUCUGUUGUUUGCGAUGCCAGGAUUUGUAAAAAAUAUGGAAUUUGAAGGCCAAAAAUACAAUACAAUGGCAUGCAAACUUGUAACAUCGUUUUCUACAAAUGCAACCCGUGAUCCACCUUUACCAAACAUUAUUGGGAAUGUUUUUGUUUUCAACGAGGAAACUGGGAUAUUGGAAUGUAUGAUGGGUGGCAAUCUACUAACGGCUAGACGUACAGCAUGUGCAUCUACAGUGGCCACAAAAAAUUUAUGCAAAAAAAAGAAUGUAGAAUUCAAUAUUUUGGCUGUUUUAGGACCUGGUGUUCAGGGCCAAGCACACGCUGUAGCUCUGCAAAAAGCUUUCAACUUCAAAGAAAUAAGGUUGUGGAACAGGUCUCACAGAGCAGCUCCUGUUUGCAAGUAUCUUGCUAAAGAACUACCAGAUGCCAAUAUAACUUUCUUCAGAGACAACGAAAAAGCUGUUAGAGACGCUGAUGUUAUAGUAACAUCUACUUAUGCCAAGACACCCAUUGUGGAACUUGAAUGGGUUAAACCUAAUGUGCAUAUUAAUGCCAUAGGAGCUGGUGAAAAUGCCCAUUCUGAACUUUCAGAAUCAAUUUACAAAAUCGCCCAAGUAUAUUGUGAUUCCUCUGAAGGAGCCAAAGUCGAACUGGCUGGUCUUGCAGAUAUUGGUUGUGAAGUUAAGGGUGAAAUCGGCGAAUUGAUGUUGGAAAAAAAACCUUUACCUACUGAAGGAAUCACCGUUUACCACAACAUGGGUAUGGCUUCAUUGGACGUUGUAUCUGCACAAGUGGCUUUGCACAAUUAUAAAAAACGUUUAGGACUAAGAGUGCAAUCGUGCAAGGAAGAAAAAGCUUAG